GAACCUGCGACAUCUGGACUUUGCCUACGCGAGAAGAUCGGGUAGCGUUGCCGAAGAUCUUAUCUUAUCUUGCUUUUCUCUGCAUUCCGUUUCUAUUCUGCAAAAAGCAACGCGAUGUGACUUGGAUAAGAGUCAACUUGGAUGAGAUUAUCCAUCCGAGUCACUUCCCUUCAUACCCCUACCAGUACUAGAGUCAACUACUGGUCCUCUGCCCUACGAGUCCGCCUAAAACACACCAUGGCCGAUCAUAGCUCCUCCACCGCUUGGCCCGCGAAGAAAGUACGGGAGACAUUCUUUGAAUACUUCAGAUCGAAAGGACACACCUUCGUACCUUCGAGUUCGACUAUCCCGUAUGAGGACCCUACGCUUCUUUUCGCCAAUGCUGGUAUGAACCAGUUCAAAUCGAUUUUCUUGGGAACCGUCGAUCCCCAUUCCGACCUUUCCAAGGUUAAACGUGCAUUCAACAGUCAGAAGUGUAUACGUGCGGGUGGAAAGCACAAUGAUCUCGAAGAUGUCGGGAAGGACUCAUAUCACCACACAUUUUUCGAGAUGCUCGGAAACUGGUCAUUUGGUGACUACUUCAAGAAAGAAGCUAUCACCUACUCGUGGGAGCUCUUGACCGAAGUUUAUGGACUACCGAAGGACCAACUUUAUGUGUCAUACUUCGGUGGAGAUCCUCAAACUGGUCUUGAGCCUGACUUGGAGGCCAAACAACUUUGGAUUGAUCAGGGUGUCCCUGAGAGUCACGUCUUGCCAGGAAGCCUGAAGGACAACUUCUGGGAGAUGGGAGCUACCGGGCCUUGUGGACCGUGCAGUGAAAUUCACUACGAUCACAUUGGUGGUCGAGAAGCUGCACAUCUUGUCAACCAGGAUGACCCUCUUGUCGUAGAAGUCUGGAACAACGUUUUCAUUCAAUUCAACCGAGAAGAUGAUGGUACUCUCAGACCCCUUCCCUCUAAACAUGUCGAUACUGGUAUGGGUUAUGAACGUCUAGUCAGCGCUCUUCAAACGAAGCAUUCGAACUACGACACCGACGUUUUCUCACCGAUCUUCACUCGCAUCCAGGAGUUGACCGGUGUUCGUCCGUAUGAAGGCAAGUUCGGCGAGGAGGAUGUAGAUGGCAUCGACACCGCGUACCGUGUUGUUGCUGAUCAUGUUCGAACGUUAACGUUUGCAUUGAGCGAUGGUGGUGUUCCGAAUAACGUGGGUCGUGGGUAUGUCUUGAGAAGAAUUCUGCGACGAGGUGCACGGUAUGCUAGAAAGAAGCUUGGUGUCACCAUUGGCUCCUUCUUCUCCUCACUCAUGCCUGUCGUGAUCGAGCAGAUGGGAGAUGUCUUCCCAGAGCUGAUGAAACGGCCCGACGAAGUCAAGGAACUGCUUGACGAGGAAGAAGUCUCGUUCGCUCGAACUCUCGAUCGCGGAGAGAAGAUGUUCGAUCAAUACGCGUCUCGUGCUAAGAACCAGGGAAAUCGUUUGUCUGGCAAGGACGUCUGGCGACUCUACGAUACUUACGGAUUUCCUGUCGAUUUGACUCGUCUAAUGGCUGACGAACUUAGAUUGACAUUUGACGACAAGGAGUUCGAGGAGGCUCAGGCAGCUUCGAAGGAGGCAAGUAAAGUCCAAAAGAAGGAUACUAAGGAUGCUGUGAAACUCGAUGUUCACGAUAUCGCCGCUCUCGAGAAGAACGCUGCUGUACCCAAGACGGACGACUCUGCGAAAUACGGCCUGGGCAAUGUCGACUCCAAGAUUGUUGCAGUAUACCACAACAAAUCUUUCCUCCAGACCACUUCCGUAAUUCCGGAGGACGUCACAUUCGGUAUUCUUCUUGAUCGUUCGAGCUUCUAUGCAGAGUCUGGAGGUCAGGAAUACGACACUGGCAGCAUCGUCAUCGAUGGGGAAGCAGAAUUUGAGGUCACCAAUGUGCAAGUGUUCAACGGCUAUGUGCUUCAUAUUGGUCAGAUGAAGUAUGGUUCCCUGAAAGUUGGUGACGAAGUUGUAUCUUCUUACGAUGAGCUUCGUCGUUGGCCUAUUCGCAACAAUCAUACUGCUACACACAUCCUCAACUUCGCACUUAGAGAGAUCCUAGGUGAUCACAUUGAUCAAAAAGGAUCUCUUGUCGCACCGACCAAGCUUCGAUUUGAUUUCUCGCAUAAGGCUCAAGUCUCUAAUCCCGACUUGAUCAAAAUUGAAUCACUGAGCCAAGAUUGGAUUCGUCAUAACGUCAACGUGUACAGCAAGGAGCUUGAUCUUCGUGUGGCACAGAAAAUCCCCGGUCUGCGUGCAGUCUUCGGGGAGUCGUAUCCUGAUCCCGUCCGUGUCGUUACACUGGAAUUCGAUGUUGAGGAUAUUGCUCGCGAUAUCGAGAACUCCAAGUGGCGUCAAACCAGUGUUGAGUUCUGUGGUGGAACUCACGUCGCCAAGACCGGUGAAAUAAAGGACUUUGUCAUCACAGAAGAAUCUGGUAUUGCCAAGGGUAUUCGAAGAAUUAUUGCGGUGACUGGUAACGAGGCGAAAGAAGUCAGACGGGUAGGUGAGGCCCUGAAGGCUAAGUUAGACUAUAUCGAUACCCUGGAUGGAAAGGAAAAGGAUGCGGCUUUGAAGGCUUACACGGUGGAACUUAAUCAGGCCGAUAUAUCCCUGUUGCAGAAGAAGGACCUUCAGGAUCGUUUGUCGACAACUCGGAAAGCCUUCGACAAGUCGGUGAAGGAGAAGGAGGCUGCUGCAAAUAAAGCCGCUGCGGAUGGCCUGCUGCAAUUCUUCAAAGAACAUCCGAACGAUGAUGCGUACUUUGCCAUCUUAGACGUGGAGGGCAAUGCCAAGGCUCUGCAAAAUGUUGCUCUUCAGGCGAAGAAGCUUAGCAAGAGCACCUAUGUCUUCAGCGUCGACUCACAGAAUGGAAAGGUCGCACAUGUCAACGCCGUGUCGAGCCAUGCCAAAUCCAAGGGCGUCGAUGCACGUGAAUGGGCUAAUGCGGUUGUCCAGGUUGUUGGUGGCAAGGUUAGCCGGAGGCAAAGAGGACGGCGCGCAGGGGGUCGGUGUUGAAGUCUCGAAAGUAGAAGACGCUCUCAAAGCUGCUAGAGAUUACUAUUCGCAAUGGGUCUAGAUGCAUCGCUUAUCUGAUACCUUGUAUUCUAUCUGCUGCAAUGAAUUCAUUCAACAGUUUGGGUUAAGAUAGAAACUAAGAAAACAAGAAGGUCAGAAAACACGUAGCAGAGGGUUAAGAUUCUAUCUCUUCUGUGCAGUCUUUUUGAUUACCGGCUGAGAUUGCAUUGAAUAAAACUGGUACAAAAUGUAGGUGGAUCUUGGAUGUCUAGCUGCUAGCUAUCCUGAGCAUGAUCUUAUAUCACUGAGGAUAAGAGUCUGUUCUGAUUGCUUCUAUUCUUGGUCUAGAAUAACAAUCAUCUGGAU